AUGCCUAGACAGAAGAAAAAAUACAACGUGCGCUUCCCACCUGGUCGCAUUAAGAAAAUUAUGCAGAGAGAUACUGAGGUGGGGAAAAUGGCUGCUGCAGUUCCUGUGAUAAUAUCACGGGCUGUGGAACUGUUUGUGGCAUCACUGCUGACGAAGACCUGGGUGAUCACCCAGUCGAAGCGCAGUAGAGUCUUGUCCAUCGCUCACAUGAAGCAGUGUGUGGAGUCAGAGAAGCUCUUUGACUUCCUGAAGAACAUGACUGAGCAUGUUCGAUCCAUGUCAACCCAGGGUGAGACCGGUGUGAAGGGGAAGUGGCUAUUUAGAAGGAAACAGCAGGAUCCUUCUGCCAAACAGCAUGACGCUGGAGAGAAGUCAAACAACAACAGUUCCAGGGACAUGGAUUCAGAUUUGUUUAUCAGCUUGGGAGCUAUUCUGUGACGAGAACAUUCAUCUGUUAUUGCUUAGAUGGAUCAUUUGUCCACUGGGGCUGCAACAAAACAACCUGUUACAUGACAUUCCAAAUAUUUGAAGUGUUCUUAAUGAUUCAAAUGAGGGGUCCAAGUAUUUAAGCAAACUUAAGACCCACAGAAUAAAGAAUAUGCACAGACAGUUCAUUUCAACAAUUUAAUAAUUUUCCAACAAAUUACUGACAGAUGAUGCAAACCAUAGUACUGCUGAUGAUUUGUUGUUAAACUGAGACACCUGUAGGCCAAUCCAAGUGUCAAAUAUAGAUAUGUACUUUUUUGUCAAACAAAUUGAAAAAGCCCCCUUAAAAGGUCUUUCAAUCCUUAGACAGCACUUUCAGACCAAAUUAGUCUGAAAAGAUGACAAUCCUGUAAGAUGUUCCAAAUUCAGAGACCAGUCUCAUGAACAGAACAUUUUACGCUCUUUGAACGUGUAAUUUAACACGGUUCAUUUCAAAGAUGAAAGAUGAGUAAAAAUAACAUUUAUUUUCAAAAUAACAAGCAUGACAUUUCGAUGAAACAAAAACCAACAACCAAACUAUUGUUCCCUGUAAUAACUCAAUAUCUAAAUCUUGAGACCAAUUCAUUUUGUGGUUUGAAUCAUGUCAGUCUUCCCUCUGCUGCUUUUGAGACAAAGCUCCUUAUGUUCCUUACAGCAGUGGGAAAUCACCUCUAAAAUUCAAAUACUUUAUUUAUAUACAGCUACUGUAUUUUUGCGCUUUAAUCAAUACCAUAACCUUUCAGUUAGACAUUUUGCGCAUUAACCCUACCCCCCCCCCCCCCUCCCCAAAAA